GAAAAGACAAAAUCCAAGCUCAGUUUUUUAAGUCUACUUCCUAGUUACUAUGUCUAGUGAAAAAUUAUCGUUAUUAGAUUCUAUUGAACCAACUGAUUCACGCACGCAAGAAGAUAAAAAGGAAACCGAGUUGACUGAUUUUGGUUAUUCGCGAAAAUACAAAAACGUCAGAAUCUCGGUUAAAGAAGGAGCAUUAGGAAAAGAGCAGGUUGACGUCAUUGUAAACAGUACGUCAGAUAAGUUGGAGUUACGGCAUGGACGGGGGUCUAAAGCUUUGCUGGAUGCCGCGGGGGCGGGGCUACAGACUGAGUGUAAACAAAAAUACCCUACAGGGAUUCAAAAGGGAGAUGUAGCAGUAACUGAUGCGGGGAAUCUCAGAUGUAAAUUCAUAUUCCAUGGGUCCCUCAAAAGAUACGGAUCUCCAGACGCAGAAAAGAUACAUAUGGCGUUCAUAUCGAAAUGCCUUAAAGGGCUAGACAGUAAGAAACUCUCUUCAAUAGCUUUCCCUGGUCUAACUACCGGGCUUCAUAAGUUUCCAAAGAAGGUGGCUGCAAAAAACACAUGUUGUGCUCUGGCACAAUACAUCGACGCCAACCCCAAUACCAGGGUAAAGGAAGUACGCUUUGUUAUACACGCCGAAGACAAAGAGACUUAUGAGGCCUUUUGUGAUGCCAUUAAAGUGUGGGAUCUAAACCCUAAUCUAGGUAUCGAGAGAAAAGAAAUAUGUCGGUUCAAAAUGAAUCAAAUAUCUGUCACAAUAAAAGUCGAUAAGAUUGAAGAAGAACGGGUUGACAUGAUUGUUAAUAGUGUGAACAAAAGCUUAGAUUUGGACAAAGGAUCUCUAUGCAAAGCAAUAAUAACGGCUGCUGGUUCAAAAGUUGCAGAAGAAUGUCGACGAGAUCAUCUGUCAGGUGUCUCUGAGGGAAACGUUGUCGUCACUUCCGCCGGAAAUUUAAAGUGCGAGAAACUCUGUCACGCAUGCGUUCCCCCACAUGAACAGAAGAGUAACGAUGUAUCUGUAAAGGUUUUACAAAAAAUUGUCAUCAAAUGCUUGGAAAAGGCCGACAAGAAGCAGUUGACUUCUGUCGCUCUCCCGGCUCUCGGGACCCGCUACAAUAAUUAUCCACCCCGAGUCAGCGCCGCUGGGGUGCUGAAAGGAAUCGAUCAGUUCUCCAAAUCACACACCCGCUCCUCCGUGAAAAUAGUUGUUAUUGUGCUCUAUGGUGGCAACCAACACGAAGAAAUAUUAAAGGCAUUUGUUGACGAGGCUGCCCCAUACCAAGGGGCGUGUUCAGGACCCGAGAGAGGGACCCAGGAAUUCUGUCGCCAACAGUACCAAAUAGAGCUUCAUCCUCCUGAAUACUGGACCGAGUAUACUUCAGAUAAAUCUGUGAAGUCCUGGAAAGCGGAUUGUGAUGAUGAUUCUUUUAAAUUGUUGGAUGUGGAUUCCACGACAUACAAAGCUGUGGAGAAACUUGUCCAAUCUACAUGGCAGUCCAAAAAAUUAGGCCACGGUCGCGAUGCUAAAGGGUUGUCUGGCUUAAAUUACACAAGUAUUAAAGUUUUGAAAGUACAGAGACUGGAAAAUAUUGACCUUUAUGAAAACUACUGCCAUUUUUGUUCGAGUUUGUUUAAUAAAGCUGGAGUCAUAGGAGUGUUCGAUAAAUUGUCCUCAAUUUCGCAAGGUUCUAAAGACAUCUUCACAACAGAUUGUCUAGAGGAGGACUCUGUCCUUAAAAAAGAACUGUAUCCAGAAAUAAACGAACACUUCCUGUUCCACGGAACAAAACCUGAGACUUACAAAAAGAUUCUCUCACAGGGAUUAGAUUUCCGAAUGGCUAAGGAAUAUGGUAUGUUCGGCCAGGGAGUUUACCUUGCUGAGAGUUCCACAAAAGCUGACCAAUACACAGAUCCGAGAACAACAAGAAAUAAAGGUGAGAAGAGAAUGUUCUUGGCCAGGACAUGCCUAGGAAAGAUUCAUCUUGCAAAAGAAAAGAAAGAAAAACUUCAGAGGCCGCCGUGCUUUCAGACUGGGUGUGAAUCGGACUCCUGUGAACAUUCGGAGCGUCAGCGCUGUGACAGCGUGGUUGGGGAAGGGGAGUGGCUAUUUCGAGAGUUUGUCACGUAUCAUCACUACCAGACUUACCCGGAAUAUCUCAUCACCUAUGACAGAGUAUAAUCACAUGACAAACAGCACAAUUUGAAUAUUGUGUUUUUAAGAUCUAGCUCAAAUCUGGGACGUAUAUACGAACGUUAGUAUAUACGUCUCUGAUAUACGUCCCUGCUCAAAUCUAUUGAUUCAUUUAUAUUGUACUUAAGAUUUGCAUAACUGUCCUUAAGAUACUUUCUUUGGCAAGUGUAUUUAGAGAUAAUAUCAAACAGAACCGCUUGAAAACUUGCAUAUUCUUAAGAUAAGUGUAGUUGGAUACAACUUAUUUAUUUUUGGGCAUUAAAAGAUAGAAAUUGAAUAGAAUAAUGGUAAAUUGUAUACUUAUUAUUUGUUUGUGGUUACAGUCAAAUAUAUACCAUUUAGUGUUUGUUUUUAUGGAAUAUAUUAAGAAACUUUAUGUAUGUGAAAAGGUUUCUGAAAUCAAAAAGAUUGUUACAGUGUAGAGAUGGGGGAAAGGUUCUUUAACGUGACUUUCCUUCAAUGUGCAAACACUAAUUCACAGAAUUCCUACUUAAGUGUGUUCUUGCCUAUGUAUUACGUAUUUUACCUACAUGUAUAUGCUUUCAAACUUGUUGACAUCAUACUUUAAAGCUUCAAGAAAAGAAUCACUGAAAAAAUGUAACUUUUAUAGUCUUAUAUUUGUUCACUUAAAAGAAAUCAUCUACUUCUAUAUUUUAUUAUCAAGAACUGUAUCAUCGUGUUUUACCGGUGUAAUAUGAAAUGUAAUUAAAAUGCUAAGCAAAGAAAUGCAAAACUGUAGUUUCAUUAAUAUUCAAGGGUAUCAAUUUUCGUUGAUAAAGUGAAAAUCACAGUUUCAAGGAUACGUAAAUUCGUGGCCAAUGACCCUAUCAAUACAAAAUAUUAGUAGAAAUUGCAGUUCAAUGAAUAUGUAAUUUCAAGGAUGAACUUAACAACGAAAUCAACGAAAAUUGGUAUUCAACGAAUAUUGAUGAAAUCACAGUACUAUAUUAUCAUUUUGAUGAAAUUUGGUUGUUUAUGAGUACUUAAUAUGUUUUCAAAAACGAGAAUAAAACGUCAAUUUGUUACCAUCAUAGGAUAACGCUUUUCAGGGCAGCAUCUUGACCAGUGAUGGUGUCAAUGUAUUAUUAAUAUCAAUUAUUUAUGCAAGCCAAAUUGCCAAAAAUAAGUCAACAAUGAAAGGGAAACCUGCUCUCAAUAACUAACAGUUAAGGAAUGUAAGAUUCUUAAAAAAUAUUUUGACUGAAAAAAUUGCUAAUACUUUUAACUUCAACAGAGAUUUUUUUAUUCAAAAAUUAAAUAUAUUCUACUGUGAAAAAUUAUGUUGUCUGUGACGUUUGAACCUCCUUGCCAUGUUUUCAGCAUAAUUUUAAAAAAUGUAAAUAAAGAAUAUUGGCGCAAUAAAAAUUUAAAUAAGAUUAUAUUCGUGAACGACAAACAUCUACAUAUGUAUGUGACUUUAACAAAGGUUUGAACAUUUUUUGUCAUUUAAAUCCCAAACCAGAUUGCCGUUUCUGGAAAUGGGUCUGGAAUAUGUUAAAGCCAUCCUUAGUUUGAAAGAAGUUGAAAUGGCAGCAAGAUGCAAAUUGCAUUAA